AUGGACCUCAUUGGUAAGAUCUAUCCAGCUAGUAGAAAACACCACUGUUUCAGCAUUGUGGCUACAGAUUACUUCACUAAGUGGGUGGAGGCUAAACCAAUCAAAUCCACUACAUCUCAAGAGAUCAUCACUUUCAUUGAGGAGCAUAUUUAUCCAGGGAGAUCCAAGAUAUGGCAAGAUCAAGUUACUCUAGUCUACUCCUUACUAUGCUCAGACAAAUGGACAAGCAGAAUCAAGCAACAAGGCGAUUAUUAA